AUGUCUGGACGAGCCGGAGGUGAUGCGAAGGAAAUGGAGAAUAGUGGAAAGAUCGCCAUGGAAGCCAUUGAAAAUAUCAGGACAGUACAAGCUCUGACACUAGAGCAUCGUUUACAUCAUCAGUUUUGUCGCCACUUGGACGGACCACAUAAGACAAAUAGAAGAAAAGCAGUAAUGCAGGGUGCUUCAUACGGUUUCGCUAGCAGUAUAUUCUUUUUCUUGUAUGCAGCAUCUUUUCGGUUCGGCCUGUGGCUCAUUCUCAAUGGCGAUAUGAUGCCAAUGAAUGUGCUAAGGGUACUAUUCGCCAUUUCGUUCACUGCUGGAAGCCUGGGAUUCGCCAGUGCUUACUUCCCCGAGUACAUUAAGGCAACAUUCGCAGCCGGUCUAAUCUUCAACAUGCUGAAAGAGGAGCCAAAAAUUGACGGAAUGACCGAUAAGGGCAAGAGACCAAAACUCACUGGAUCUGUCUCGCUCAACAAUGUCUUCUUCAACUACCCGGAAAGACCAAACAUACCCAUUCUUCAAGGAUUCGAUAUUUCUGUGGGUUUUCUUACACUUUACAGCCAAAAGCCGACCAGUGUGUUUUUGUGAAA